GGUCAAGGAUCAGCAUCUCACAUCCGCAUAGCCUCUCUCUUCCACCCACCCUCGACCAGAGCUGUGCUCGGUUUCCUUUCUGCUCUAUACCCUCUCACAUCUGUCUCUUGGAACCAAGGAACCCCAGGAACCCCAACCAUGUCUUGGAGAGGUAUUGGUAAGAAGCCGCGCCCGUCCGCGAACGCUCUGUCCGUGAAUGACGGUGCUGCACGCUCGACCACACCGACGCCUGGCAACCCCAAUGGCGACUCUCUGUCGCGCUCGGGCCUCCUUGCCAUCCGGGUCCUGUGGGCGGAGGGCCUUGCGCUGCCCUCUGGCCAAGGUAUGCCGCCAGCGGUACAAGCUGCGCUGUCCUCCGCGCAGGCGAAGCUCGCCGCGUCUGUGUCGCCCUCGAGUGUCACACAGCAUCGCCUCGCGAACAGGAAGAGUAACAGAGACAGUGUGCAGAGGCAGCAGUGCUGGUGGCUUCCCUACCUGGUCAUGGAAUUCGAGGUCAACCAAGUGCUGAUCACACCACUCGGGGGAGACCUGUCCAAGCCGCUGUACAUGUACGAGACCAACUUCGACGUGUCACGACACUCGGAGAUCUCGAUCCAAUGCUACCUCAGAGCAGAGGAGCCGAAGCGCGGCGGGGACGGAAUUGCCGACGACAUGGGCAAUGACAUCUUCAUGGGCGGUGUGCGGUUCACGCCUGACUUCGAGGACAGUUCCCCAGAUGACCAGUGGUAUGAGCUUGCCGGCGGCGCUGGCAAAAUUCAAAUCGGAGUAGCAUUCAAGCCGAGCUCUGGGCACUCGCUCACGAUCGACGACUUCGAGCUGAUUACCGUCAUCGGGAAGGGCAGCUUCGGGAAAGUGAUGCAAGUGCGAAAACGCGACACGUCGCGCAUCUACGCCCUGAAGACGCUCCGGAAGCAGCACAUCGUCGAGCGCGGUGAGAUCACCCAUACGCUCGCGGAGCGAAUGGUGCUCGCGAGGGUGAACAGCCCGUUCAUUGUACCGCUCAAGUUCAGCUUCCAGUCGGAGCAGAAGCUGUACCUCGUUCUUGCUUUCGUGAAUGGCGGAGAGCUGUUCCACCAUCUGCAGCGCGAGCAGCGAUUCAACGAGGAGCGCAGUCGUUUCUAUAGUGCCGAGCUGCUGUUGGCACUCGAACACCUUCACGAGCUGGACGUUGUCUACCGUGACCUGAAGCCCGAGAAUAUUCUUCUUGACUACACGGGUCACAUAGCGCUCUGUGAUUUUGGGCUGUGCAAGCUCAACAUGAAGGACUCCGACACCACCAACACGUUCUGCGGGACGCCAGAGUACCUUGCGCCGGAGAUCUUGAGUGGGCACGGAUACAACAAGACGAUCGACUGGUGGACGCUGGGCGUCCUCUUGUACGAGAUGCUCUCCGGUCUCCCUCCGUUCUACGAUGAGGUCACGGAUAAAAUGUAUCAGAAGAUCCUCACCAGCCCCCUUGUCUUUGGCGACGAGAUUGGCUCGCAGGCACGGAGCAUCUUGACAGGUCUUCUGACGCGCGACCCCACGCAGCGUCUCGGUCUCAACGGCGCGGACGAGAUCCGGAAGCACCCCUUCUUCGCGAAGAACAUUGACUUUGAGAAGCUCGUGCAGAAGAAGAUCCAACCGCCUUUCAAACCCAGCGUCACCAGUCCUGUGGAUGUGUCCAACUUCGACACCGUGUUCACGACUGAAGCUCCCAUGGACAGUGUCGUUGAGGGUUCUCAGCUCUCGCAGACCGUUCAGGCACAGUUCGCUGGCUUCUCUUACGAUGGGUCCAACAUGCCUGUCAGCCCCGUCUAACCAUUUCUCCGUUCCGUCAUCUCAACCGCAUAUCCCAUCCUAGUAAUCGCCCGCAAUCUACUGCUAUCUCCACCCGUACACACUAUGCAGGAUCUCUUAACCUAUCCCCGCUGUAUUCGCUCGUUCUGGUAUCGGUGCUCUGUUGGAAGUCGUCCCUCGUUAUUCACAUCUGUCGGUCCCCCUCUCGCCACUCCGUUGCUUGCGCCCCGUACCUGCUGUAACACACGCUCGUUCUAAUCUAAUAUUCGGAGAUUUAGACCAUGGAUAGGUCGAGAUCGAGUCAAGGACAUGAC